GCAGCAGCAGCAGCAGAGGCCGCGCGAGUUUGUUGCUGGCUGGUCGGGCUCGGCUAGGAGGCGCCCAGCCCAGGCGAGACGAGCCCGCCUCCCCGCAGCACGCCCGCCCGCCCGCCAACUCUGCAGACGCAGCAGCCGCCCGCCUUGGGGUCUGAGUCAGCUUGUCUUGACCCCUUCAGACCACCAUGCCCGGCGAGAGUGAGCACAAAGACAAGAAAAUUCCUUCUGAGGAUGAGAACUCUGCUGACUUUGCUAUUCGAACCCGCAAGAGAAAAGCCGAUGUUGCAACUUUUUUGCUGGAUCCAGAUGAAGAAAUUGUGAAGAUAGAAAUGACCAAGAAGAAACAGAAUGAAAGCCAGCCGCCUUCAAAUUACGAAGCACAAAUGCGUCCCCAUAUGCUGAUCCCCACACCAGACAAGGAAGAUGAGCUGGGAGGUCCAGAUUUCUCUUUCGUACACCAAAGCCUUCCGUCAGCUAGAGCUUCACCAUUGCCGAUGCUGGGCUGGGCAAAUAAGGACGACUUAUGGAAAAACAUGUUAAACAAAGAACAAACCUAUGUGAGGGAUAAGCUGUAUAUGCAAAGGCACCCAGUCUUGCAACCUAAAAUGCGGGUAAUUCUCCUAGACUGGCUAAUGGAGGUUUGUGAGGUCUACAAGCUUCACAGAGAAACGUUUUAUUUAGCACAAGAUUUCUUCGAUCGGUUCAUGGCGACACAGCAUAACAUUGUGAAGACACUGCUUCAACUUAUAGGGAUCUCAUCGUUAUUCAUAGCUGCAAAGCUUGAGGAAAUCUAUCCUCCAAAGUUGCGUCAGUUUGCAUAUGUUACAGAUGGAGCUUGCAGAGAAGAAGAAAUUCUUAGUAUGGAACUCAUCAUCAUGAAGGCACUCAACUGGAACCUGAGUCCCCUCACAGUGGUGUCCUGGCUCAACAUAUACAUGCAGGUCGCAUACCUCAAUGAGAUCUACGAGGCACUGCUACCCCAGUAUCCCCAACAAAUCUUUGUGCAAAUAGCAGAGCUUUUGGAUCUUUGCGUGAUGGAUGUCGGCUGUUUAGAGUAUACGUACGGUGUUCUAGCUGCUUCUGCUGUCUAUCACUUCUCCUCUUGUGAGUUGAUGCAGAGAGUUUCAGGUUAUGAGUUGCGUGACAUAGAGGACUGUGUGCGGUGGAUGGUUCCCUUUGCGAUGGCUAUUGGCGAGGAGGGGACCUCGACUCUCAGGCCCUUCCCGGGCAUCCCUUCAGAAGAUUUGCACAAUAUACAAACGCACAUAAGCACCUUUGACUUGCUGGACAAAGCUGAAUUGAAAAAGGCCAUGUUGGCUGAGAAAAACAGGAGUUCUCCUUUGCCCUUGGGAGUCCUCACCCCACCACAGAGCAGCAAGAAAUUGCCGCUUCCAUCCAAGCAGCCUCUGACUGUGUCAGCCGCCCGCACUUAAGAGGGCUUGGCUGAAGGUGCCUCUUGGCUGAUUCUGUGUUCUUCUUCAUUGUGAAAUGCUGCCAGUGACUUGAAAGUCUUAAGACUUGUGAAUGACAAAAUUUUAAGCUUUUUAUAUAUAUAUAUAUACUGUGGAAGAAACUUGCAUUAUGAAAACUAUUUUUAUUGAACACUUGGGUUUCUAAAGGAAUGGAUUGAGUACACCAGCCGCCCCAAAUAACAGGCAUUUUGGCCUGGAUUGCUGCUAAGGAGGGUGAUACUUGAUGUGACCACGGGGGAGAGCGGGGAGCUAGUUGGGUCUAGCUGCGGAAGGCGAGCCUCUCUUCAGGUCUAGUUUACAGCUUGAAACUUAAACACUUUGCUCUUAUAUGUACUUGAUUUUUAAAUAAAGAUGAUGCCAACUGGG